AAGUGAUCGAGUUUGAAAAGGAACUCUUCCUCGUCCGUGCUUCCCUACGCGUAACAUUCCAUCGACGUCCAAGAAAGAGAUGGCUGCUUCUCCAUGUCGGCUUUUUUUCCCUUCCAUAGCUUCCCAUAUUUCAAGCAAUCGGUCUCUUAUUGCUCCUUCUCCGAAGUCCCUCUGUUUCUCCAGAAACCUCUUGCUCCGUGCCUUCUCUCCAGGAUGCAUUCCUUUGUCAGCGAGGGAUCAGAAGAAGCCACUGUGUCUUUCCCUUGUCUGCAUGUCAUACAGAUAUGCCCCUGAUUCGACCUUGAGAAAGAAGAAGGCAAGAAAGAGAGGAGGUGAUCCAGGGAAGAAAAGGAAGGCUAAGAGGAAGAGUAGGAGGAGCAAGAAGAGUGUCAAAGUGAUCAACCUUGUCUCGACUGCCAGAACUGGGUUUUCUUACGCGAAGACGAAGAGUGUUCAAUCCAAAGACAAAUUGAAGUGUCGGAAAUACGACCCUGUCCUUCAUCAGCAUGUCUUGUUUCAAGAAUAAAAAAAGGAACCAUCCUGACUCAAAGAAGUUUUGAUCUACAAUCUAAACCUUUCGCUGAAUCAGAGUGCACACGUUUGCUCGGAGAAUUUGGCGGCCCGGUGACUGGUAUGCUUCCUUGCUAGGAAACGGUGAUUGAUAAAAAGAAGAUAUGGCCUUUUGAGAUGCCUAUCUAUGUACCUGCUUCUUGUUUUUCAGAAAUGGCGGUUUGACAGUGUAAGGAAACCAACUUCUAGCAAAGCAAAUGUAGAUGUAUGGUUGAAUGAUACAAGAACAUCGAGCAAUUUGCCAA